AUGUUCGCGUUAAUGCUCAAGGCUGAAUUGCAAGGGAUCACCAAUCUUCGCCCCGACGAUAGCGAGGAGAACCCCUUCUGGUACACUUUCAAGGUCCAGUGCACGUCAUGCCGUGAGACGCACGCCAAUACCGUCGGCGUCAGCCGUUUCGAAAACAACGAGAUCAGCGGAAGCCGUGGUGAGGCCAACUUUGUGUGGAAGUGCAAGAACUGCAAGCGCGAAUCUUCGGCCACAAUCAAGGCCGCUCCCACCUCAUAUGAGCAGGCCGAACCCGCCAAGGCGCAGAAGCUCCUCGAGUUCGACUGCCGAGGCCUCGAAUUCACCGAGUUCGUGCCCGAGGGCGAAUGGCUCGCUGACGCGAUCGAUACAAAGACCAAGUUCAGUGCCAUCGAGCUUACAGACGGAGAGUGGUAUGAUUAUGACGACAAAGCAGGCGAGGAGGUUAGCAUCAAGGAUCUGGUUUGGGAAAUCAAGCGCUCUUAA